CACAUGAUGGCAUAUAACAAACUCCUAUAAAAACCCAGGGGUUUUGAUGUUCGUCCUCUCUUUUCUCUUGAGGUUCCCCAGAAAAUUGGGGGGAAAAUGGGGAGACUUACGCUUAUAGCAGGAUUGGGCUUGGUGCUCUGCCAUGUUGCUUUCUCCAUGGAAAUGGGCUGUUAUUUCACCAACUGGUCUCAGUACAGACCUGGAAGUGGAAAGUAUACACCUGCAAAUGUCGACCCUUUCCUUUGUACACACCUAAUCUAUGCUUUUUCAAUCAUCAACCAAAAGAACGAGCUUGUCACCUAUGAGUGGAACGAUGAGACUCUAUACAAGGCCUUCAAUGAACUCAAGAACACAAAUCCCACUCUUAAGACUCUUUUGGCUGUUGGUGGAUGGAACUUUGGUUCUACACAGUUCUCCAUCAUGGUGUCCACUACUGAAAACCGUCAAACAUUCAUCCAGUCUACCAUCAAGUUCCUGAGAACUUAUGGAUUUGAUGGUUUGGACUUGGACUGGGAAUACCCUGGAUCAAGAGGAAGUCCACCUGAAGACAAACGAAGAUUCACACUGCUGUGCAAGGAACUUGUUGAGGCCUAUGCAGCUGAGGCCAAAGCUACUGGCAGACCUCAGCUGAUGCUGACUGCUGCUGUAUCAGCUGGCAAAGGGACAAUUGAUGAUGGAUACGAGAUUGCUGAAAUUGCCAAUUACCUAAACUUCAUCAAUGUGAUGACUUAUGACUUCCAUGGAACUUGGGAAAGAUUCACAGGACACAACAGCCCCCUGUACCAAGGCUCAAAGGAUGAGGGAGACUUGAUCUAUUUCAAUGCCGACUAUGCUAUGCGCUAUUGGAGGGACAAAGGUACCCCUGUGGAGAAACUUAGAAUGGGAUUCGCAACAUACGGUCGCACUUUCCGUCUGACAUCUUCAGAUACUGGCGUCGGAGCCCCAGCUAGUGGACCUGCUUCAGCUGGAAGCUACACUCGCGAGGCUGGAUUCUGGUCUUACUAUGAGAUCUGUGGAUUUCUAGAGGGAACCACAAUCCAGUGGAUUGAGGAUCAGAAGGUGCCUUAUGCCACGAAGAAUGGCGAGUGGGUUGGAUUUGACACCAAGGAGAGCUUCGAAACUAAGGUCCGUUAUCUGAAAGAUCAGAACUUUGGUGGAGCCUUCGUCUGGGCGCUUGAUCUGGAUGACUUUGCUGGACAGUUCUGUAAUCAGGGGAACCAUCCUCUCAUGGGCCAUCUGCGCAAUCUUCUGGAUAUCGAGUUGCCUCCAAGGCCUUCAACCACCACCCCCAAACCUGGCCAAACCACAACACCCACCACAACAACCACCACCACCACCACCACUCAUGCUCCAGGACCAGGAUUCUGUAAUGGAAAGCCAGAUGGACUCUAUCCUCACCCUGAAGACCCUAACAAAUAUUAUAACUGUGCAGGAGGUCAUACCUUUUUGGAAAACUGUGGCAAAGGCACCGUGUUUGAUGACAGCUGUAAAUGCUGUGUUUGGCCCAAGCCCUAAGGGAUCACCUUCUGAGAGACAACUGCAAACAGUGAAACAGUGCACAAAUGACACCAAGCAUCAAUUGUUUUAUGUAAAGUAACAUUAGUGUAAACUGAACGUUUCUUGGUCAUUUUCUCCUCUCUUUAAAGAAAUUAAUAAACUGACUUGUCAUCUGUGGAAA